AUGCGGUUUGCAUUUCCGGAAGAAUGUGAAGUCGAGUUGAUGUCGGAACCAGUCACCACGCUAACUCGCCAUCCCGCUAGAGUUGUCUCAAUAGAUCCGGUUGUGCCUCGCGUGCUCCCCAAUACAAAUUACGAUGAGAUUAGCUUCGUCUAUGAAGCCAUCAAUGACUACACCACCAUCUGGAUAGAGCAAAAAGCCAACGAGGCAAGGCUAAGACGCUCGCACACCGAGGAGAGUGUCAAAACGACAAACGAGCUAUCCAAAGUCAACAUCUGGAAACUCAGCGAGCAAUUGCAGUCGCGGUUGACAUUGCAAGCCCUGCGUGUGAAGAGUGUCAUUGAAACUGAAAAGACUAGGCUACGACUAGAAGCCGAGGCAAGACAGCGCAGUUUGGACGAAGAAAAAGCUAGAAUCAAAAGACUCGAAGAGGAAAAGCAAAGAGUAGAAGAAGAAAAAGAGCGCCAGCGACUAGAGGCUGAAAAACGACGCAGGGACGAACAAGAACAGGAACGGAUACGCAAGGAAGCCGAAAAAUUGAAGCAAGAACAAGAACAAAAACGGAAAGCUGCCGAGGCUGCAGAGUUGAAGGAGAAACAAGAACAGGCCAAAAAGAAGCAAGAAGCAGCCCAAGCUCAAAAAGCAGCCCUUUCCACCAACUUUAACUCCAUAGAAAAGCAAUUCUUGAAAUAUAAACAAGAUAUCGAAGACAUCAAGCAAAACGUCAAGAAUGCAAUUGACCAAAAUAAAGACUUGAAAAAGUCAGUCAAUGCAUACAAGCGCAAGAUUAACCCCAAGUUUGGCCAACUUUCAAACUCCGCCUCGCAUACCAACUUUAUCAUUCGGGAAGUUGUCGAGCUAGUGGAACCCGUACAAAGAGAAAACGGGUUGCCCUACAAAUGGAUCCUCAACUUCAUGGCAAAGGCCAUUGUUGAUCAAGCCGAGAGCGAAGUCAGUAUACGGCCAGAUGCAGCUACUCCGCUCGCGACGCUAGCAUUCACCUUGCUUUUGAAAUUUCCCGAGUUUGAGUACUUUCUCGCGGCGAGAUUUGUCAAAAAAUGCCCCUACAUCAUUGGAUUCACCGAUCCCAUGACUACAGUCGAAGGUCGGGCGCGCAUGAACUGGAAACGGAUUGGCGAAAACGAGUGGGAGAACGAGGUCAAGUACGAUGAGCGUGUCGCUGGUAUAUGCACCGUGUGGGCGGUGAUGACUCGUCUCAGCGAUGAAGGAAUCGGCAUCUUCUCUGACAAUUCGAGUUGGCAGUUUGUCGCGAGAACACUCAACACCCCAUUGCUGUUGAUCAAGAAUACCCAUUUCGAGUUGUUGGCUAAUUGGUGGGAAGCUACUGCUGCAAGCUUUUUGGAGACGUUUGGAAAGCAGGCGGUUAAAGUUAUGCAGUUGAUGGUGGUACGAUUUGUCGACGCGGUGGCUGAUCGGAAAUACCCCUCAGCUGCAAGGUUGAGGAUACUAGGUGAAGAUUGGGCUGGGAAGGGCGAGAUACAGACCCUUAAAGAGAUGGAAUCUUAG